GCGUCUUUCAACAGGAGCAACAGUUAGUCAGCCACAUCCGUAGCUUGCUAGCCAAAAUAGCUGAACCAAUAAAGCCAUUUAGACGCUUUAGUGUAUAUUAGCCACUGUGUUUUAAACCCACUUCUGUCGUCUAGUUAGUUAUCCGAUUUAAUUUCAUAUUUACUGUGUUGUUAUUAGUCAGCUAGCGGGCUGGUUAAGUUAGCAUUAGCCUAGCUAGCUAACAUCUCCGACCAUGAGCUUACUAAACUACUCUCGUCCUGCUAAAGAAGAGGAGAUCUGCUGGACGGAGAAAGAAGCUCUCGUCAAAGAGGAGAAGGAAGAGCAGAAUAUCACAGUAAAACAAGAAGUUGAGGGUGAGGCUGAUGUAGUUAAAGAAGAGAAAGACGGUUCGGUGAAAGAAGAGGAAGACACGUUCAGAGUGAAAGAGGAGGAGGAUGUUGCAGUAAAAGAAGAGGGGGAAGAGAAAGAGGAGCAUACAGUUUUUGGAGUGAAAGAUGAGGUGGAGAUGAAUUUCACAUCGAGAAAGGAGGAAGAAGAGAAGGAAACUGGGUAUCUAGUUCCGGUUUCCCAAACGCAUCUUAAGGCAUCCAAUGGUGAACUUAGCCGUAAAAUGGUUUUGAGAAACCGUUCCCUGAUUAACACUAAAGAGAGACUAGACUAUCGUGGGCCCUCUGGGGAUCCUCAACAACAUCAUGAUGCUGAAGAGGCAGAGAAGAGUCUCUCCAGGUCAGAACUCCUCAAGAAACACCUGCAGAGACCCACAGGGAAGAAAUCUAACUGCUGCUCUGGCUGUGGGAAAAGAUUCAACUCUUCAGUAAAACUUAAAAUACAUCAAAGAAUUCACACUGGAGAGAAAUCUUUUGGCUGUGAACAAUGUGGGAGGAGUUUUACUGCGCCUAGCCAUCUGACUAUACACCAGAGAACACACACAGGAGAGAAACCUCAUAGCUGUGAUCAAUGUGGGAAGAGUUUUUCUCGGCCAGACAGCCUGAUGGUACACCAGCGGGGACACACAGGAGAAAAACCUUAUAGCUGUGAUCAAUGUGGGAAGAGUUUUACUACAUCUGGCCAGCUUACUUUACACCAGAGAAUGCACACAGGAGAGAAACCUUAUAGCUGUGAUCUAUGUGGGACUAGUUUUACUACAUCUGGCCAGCUGACUAUACACCAGAGAAUGCACACAGGAGAGAAACCUUAUAGCUGUGAUCAAUGUGGGAAGAGUUUUACAUCAUCUGGCCAGCUGACUUUACACCAGAGAAUACACACAGGAGAGAAACCUUAUAGCUGUGAUCAAUGUAGGAAGAGUUUUACUACAUCUGGCCAGCUGACUUUACACCAGAGAACACACACAGGAGAGAAACCUUAUAGCUGUGAUCAAUGUGGGAAGAGUUUUACUAGAUCUGACCAUCUGAUGCUACACCAGAGAAUACAUACAGGAGAGAAAUCUUAUAGAUGUGAUCAAUGUGGGAAGAGUUUUACUAGAUCUGGCCAUCUGACAUUACACCAGAGAAUACACACAGGAGAGAAGCCUUAUAGCUGUAAUCAAUGUGGGAAGAAAUACUCUGAUAAAAGAUCUCUGAUUAAACAUCAGAAAAUACAUGAAGGAGUUGUUUCAUGA